AUGAAACCUAGUAAAUCAUUAUUUAAUGAUUUAGAUUUGCCUUUAUGGGAACUUGAUGAAAACCAAAUAUUUAAAUAUAAAGCUUAGGCUUAAUCCUAAACAUUAAACUUAAAUUUAAAGACUAUACUCAAUAAACCAUCUGACGAUAGAACUUAUGAGGAGAUCAUUUUUAUCAUUGAAUAUUUAAUGGGAUUCACUUACUUUAGAAAAAUUAAAAAUUUUCACGGAUAAGAAUGCUUAUUCAGACUGUCAUAAUUUGCAUAGUUGAUUAGCGUUCCUAAUGAGAUGAUCAUCGUUAAAAAAAAUGAGGAACCUAAUGCUUUUUAUUUCAUUAUAGAAGGGUAAGUAAUGCAAGUUAAUGAAGCUCAAUGCAAUGUUUCAAAUGUUGCUGAUGCUCUCUUCGAAGAAAUCCUUACAAAACUUACACCUAACAAAUCAGAAUACAUUACAAAAAAGAAUUCAACCUUCAUUAUUAUAAAUGCCUUCAUCUUUAGAGCAUCUCUUCAUAAAUUCUCACGUUAAGCUAAUCUUAAAAAAACGAUAAAAAUUAAUCAUCCAUUAUUAAAUGUAUUAUAACUAUACGACAUUGAAGAAUUAUCUUCUGUGGCUUAAACAGAAUUAUAUGAAUAAGGUUAAAAAAUUUAUACAAUUAACGAUUCCCUUGAAUUCUUGUACAUUAUUCUUGAAGGAAAAUUGUUAAUUGGCAAAAAAGUUGGAUCUAUAUAAAGGAGGCAUUUUGAAUAAAUUCCAUCUAUUUUAUUGUCAGAAUCAACAAAAGAAAAACCCUAAGUCAAACCUAUUGCAGAAAUAUCAGAAAAUGAUAUUUUUGGUUUUGAAGAAUAUAUUUAAAAGCAAAAUGCUAGGGUUUUUUAAGUUCAGUGUUCAACCAAAUAUUGUAAAAUAAUCAAAUUUCCGCUUAAGAUUUUCUUUGCCAAAUUCAAUUAGGUUUUUAAUUUAAGGGAAUAUAAAUUGUUAUUAGACAUCAUAUCAAAAAGAAAUUAUUAUAGAAACAGAAUUCAUUCCAUCUAAGUAUAAUUAUAUGAAAAUCAAAGCUCAUCAACUUAAAGAUCAACUAAGCCUAUGCAUUAUGAAACUUUAGAACCAAUUCCAUAUGAACAUUAGAUCAGAUCCAAGCCUAGAUCCUUUUUAUUAGAAAAUAGCAUUUUAUUGCCAGAUGAUUUAGUAUCUAAUCUGCAAUAAUCCUACAAAUUAAGAACAAGUCUCAAACAAAAUGAUCAGACUAUAAACUGUAGUUCUUUCACCUUAGAGAAUUCUGAUGAAAAACAUAAAGAAAAGAAAAAAUUAUAAAUAAGGAUAAAUUAUUUAAUUGAAAGAGAAUUACAUAAAAAUAAAUCAUUCGAUAAAACUAAACUAAUUAAGAAAUCAGAAAAGAUGUAAAAAUUACCGAAUGACUAAAACCCUAUUGAAAAAUUGUUAAAUUUAAAACCUGAAUAAAAAUAUGGUAGUACUAAUAUUAAAUAAGAAUUUAUUAAUUAGUCAUUAUUGCUUAAAUAGGCUAGACAAUCUUAAAAUUCUAGAUACUCUCCUUUGCCUGAAAUACCAUCAUUUUAACCUAAACAAGGAAAGUUUUAAUAAAAAUUAAUCCUUAAAAAUGGGAAGGAAAAACAAUAUCUAAUUAUUGAUAAAGUAUGA